AUGAAGCUGAAGCUCGCUCUUCAAGAUGCCCACCAGGGGCCGUUUCUUGCGCGAGACCUCGUAAGAGCCUCGUUCGAAAUCCGAGGGCCUACCUUUCACAAAUCGCCGCGCAUCUCGGCCAAAUUCGUCGGCACCAUGGUGGUGUCGUUUCCCACGCAGGUUAAUGCCGCAAGCCCGGGACAAAUCACUACGGUGCUGUUUGAGCAACACAAGACGAUUGAAUAUCGAGAUUUGCAGUGGGACGAAGAUGCCUCCACCGGCGAAUCAAUAUACACCACUCCCAUAGAAUUCGAAUUCCCCGACGGCGCAUGUUACUGCGGUAAACCUCAGAAAUGCCAGCUCCCGCCCUCUUUGGACGUCACGGAGCAGAACAUGAGAGUCAGGGUGGCUUACACCAUGACUGUUUCCGUGGGCCGCAGCUUGCUUGGUGCAAUGACAAAGACAAAGAGCGUCGGGAUGGAUAUUCCCUUUAGCUGCAACCCAUCCAUCGGAAGACUUCCACGAUCGUCCUGCGUAUUGUCGGUGCCAAUGGACGAAAAGCCUGGACGACACAAUGCACGCUUGCGAAAUACAGCAAUGGAGGAUCAAGAGCACGAUGAUGGCUCAUGUCCGUCGUAUAACCUGAAAUAUGCACCAUCCAUCAAAGUCGAAGUUUUACUCCCACAGCCAGCCAUCUUGAUCCGUGGCCAGCCAACGCCGGUUCAGAUCCUCGUCCAUACACCUACCGAUAUGAUCGAAUCAGGCAACGUCUAUCUCCGAAGCGUAUCCAUGGACUUGAAGACAUUGGUCACAACAUCUACCGGCGCGAUAUCGCGAACAAUCUCGCAGAGAAGACAUGGAUGCAGCAUGGCUGGUGCAGUCAAGAUUGAUAGCGAGCUCUUCGAGGUCGAUUCGGGAGCGUGGGGCAACUUUUUCGUCUUGAAUACGAAGCCGACGACGGAGUCUUGCAUCUUGAGGAUGGACCAUGUGGUGGAGGUUGUGACGGGGAUCUCGGUUGGGCUGGGAAAUGACAUUAGAUAUGCUGUUGCGGCAUUUGAAGUCGUUGUGAUGGAUCCUCCGCCCGCGUACGAAGUGGGUGAUGCGAUUCAAGCAUAG